AAGUGGAAGGAAAGUUUAAAUAAAAUAACGCAAUAUAAAAACAUAAAUAACUAAGGAAAGUGCCAAGGAGGACGAGAAAGAGGAUACAGAAGAAGUACACAAGCCAAAGAAGAGGCCAGGCGAAGAGUAGCCCAAAAAAGUAGGCAACGAAAAAAAGGCUGGUACUGAGGUGAGGCCUCCGCACUUCCAGCCAGAAGAGCCACCAGAGACCAGAGGAUAAGCAGGCAAGCAGCAGCAAUAGUAGAAUCCCAAACCAAGAAGAAAAAGGAAGGAAGAAAGGGACGAGGAGAAGAAGAACCAAGACUUGGACAAGAGAGAAUAGAGCUCAAUUACGCCGCCAAACUGUCGUGUCAGCAACAACGUGAAAUGUGCAAUUCCUGGCUGGUGCUCAUAAUUGCGCUCUCCGUUGUCGUCUGCCUGUGGAACUCGCAACAAACCGAAACAUCCAAAUCAUGCCCAGCCGAGUGCAUCUGCUUGUCCCAGACUCAAGUCCUGUGUAACACCGGCGGCCUCGAGCAGAUCCCGCUGCGCCAGCUGCCGGCAACCGUGGAGAACCUGGCGCUGACCAAGAACAACUUUCCGAUCAUCAAGCCAGACUCUUUCGCCGGUCUGCGGGCGCUCAAGAAGCUCUCGCUGGACGGUAACAACAUCACGCGAAUCAAACAGUUCGCCUUUCGCGGCCUGCCACGUCUCAAGGAGCUGUCCAUUCAGUAUACGCCCCUUCAAAUGGUGGCCCAGUUUGCUUUUGCCGGACUACAGAAUCUCUCCACCAUCCUGCUGAGUCACAAUCAGAUCCAGAGGAUCGAGGGCAAUGCCUUUGCUGGAACCUCAAACAUCAAGCUGAUCCUGCUAACUAACAAUCCACUGAUCCGCAUCGACAGUUCGGCUUUCUCUAGCCUAACGAACGUCGGUCAUUUGCUUCUGCCGUCGGGCAUUCGAAGCAUCGAGCAGGACGCCUUCGCUGGCAUGGACACAGUGGGUCUGCUUAAGUUGGCCUAUAUGGAUCUCAAAGAGGUGGCGCCCUUUACCUUCCGCGGCCUGUCCAAUGUUCUGCUACUCACUCUGCAGGAAUCGGAUCUUGGAGUGAUCUGUGCGGACGCUUUCACUGGACUCACCCAAGUGGAGACGCUGCAAAUCCUCAACAACAAGAUCGACUCGAUCGAGGAACUGAACUUCACUAGCACGGCGGCCAUUAAACACCUCAAGUUCUUCGGCAACCACGUACUAGAAACCCCCGAUCCCAACUCCAUCAUCGUGGAUGGCGUAGAACACCUACAGCUGGUCAGCAAUCACUUCCCCUGCGGCUGUCACAUUCACACAUUGCUGGAUGGACCCCUGGCCGAAGGUGCUCAUAAUCUAACAGAUUUCCUGCAGAAAAACUACUGCAUCUCACCGCUGGAGGUCAAUGGACGGGUGAUGAGCGAACUGGACAUCGAUUCCAUUGGCCGUUGCUCUGACCAGCUGACCAAAGGCAAUCUCGGCAGUUCAGCGGCCUCGCUGGCUCUUGGGAUCAACUCGAUGCUACUCAUUGCAGUGGCCAGCUGUGCAGAAUGGCGUCAUGUUCGUCUCUUGGCCAAUCGACUGGCCCAGCUACUUGGUCACGUGGCCUGGCGAAGGCGUCGGAAAAGGCGGAAGGGCAAUUAGGCGGAUGCUGCGCCGUUUAACGGAGAGAACUGCAGACUUCAGCUCAAGAUCAUUGAGGCAUCAUCUCUGCAUCAUAACCAUUAACUUCUUCCUCACACGCCUCUGUUAACUGUCAUCUGCUAUAAAUAGAAAUAUAGUAUAUAUAUAAAUCUAUAUAUAGCAUAUAGAUAGUAAACUGCAGAUUGGCAAAUGUAAAACGACGCUGCAGUUUUUGCUAUCAUCAUGCGAAAUCUGAGAGUCUGCUGCAGCAGCAGCGCUUCCUUUUUGCCUGCCACCAGCCCCCCCCGAAAAAAUGCUGAACCCUAGGCUAAUCCUGCACAACCAGGAUACUACUACUAGUGCAUCCUGCAUAUCCUUUUACCCCAGGGCUCAACAACGUUUGUUUGUUACGUUGUUUACGUUUACGUCGUUUACGUUCCUGUUUGCCAUUUCGUUCUAUUUUUGUGUUAAAUGCAAAAUGCGAAAAGCAAAAUGCGAAACGCGGACAGCAGCUAAAAUCUACAAAUACAGAAAUGCCGACUGCGGAUUGAGCACUAAAUUAUUAUAUCAAAUUUCCCAGUCUCAUAUGUGUGCGUAAAUCAUAAAACAAACACACAAACACACUCAUAUAUAGCUAACAACGAGGACUCUGACAUAGACAAAAUCCAAUGUAAGCGUAUUUAAGCAUAUGUAUUUGUAUUUGUAUUUGUAUUUGUAUUUGCAUUUGUAUAUGUGACAGUUAAAUAU